CCCGCCCUUCCGUUCCGCGCGGCGGCCCGGCCAUGGCCUUCCCCCUGCGGCCCGACGCCCCCGAGCUGCCCGACUUCACCAUCCUCAAGCGGCUGGCCCGGGACCGACUCAUCUACCUCCUCGAGCAGCUUCCCGGAAAGAAGGACCUGUUCAUCGAAGCGGAUCUGAUGAGCCCGUUGGACCGAAUCGCCAACGUCUCCAUCCUGAAGCAACAUGAAGUGGAUAAGCUGUACAAGGUGGAGAACAAGCCGGCCUUCAGCGACUCUGAGCAGCUGUGCUUCCUGGUCCGUCCCCGCAUCCGAAACAUGCGGUACAUCGCCAAUCUGGUCAACGCCGACAAGGCGGCCGGCCGGGCCCGCAGAUACAAGGUCAUCUUCAGCCCCCAGAAGUUCUACGCGUGUGAAAUCAUCCUGGAGGAAGAGGGAGUUUACGGAGACGUGAGCUGCGACGAGUGGGCCUUCUCCUUGCUGCCGCUCGACGUCGACCUGCUCAGCAUGGAGCUCCCCGAGUUCUUCCGGGACUACUUCCUGGAGGGAGACCAGCGCUGGAUCAACACCGUGGCCCAGGCCCUGCACCAGCUCGGCAGCCUGUACGGACCCUUCGCCAACCGCUACGGGAUCGGCCGCUCGGCCAAGAUGGUGCGCGACACGUGGCAAGAGCUGGAGGCCGAGACCGAAGGGGAGAUCAAGGGCCGGAGGCCGGAGAUCGGACACGUCUUCCUCCUGGAUCGAGACGUGGACUUCGUGACGGCGCUGUGCUCCCAGGUGGUGUACGAGGGCCUGGUGGACGACACCUUCCGCAUCAAAUGCGGAAGCGUCGACUUCGGGCCGGACGUCACGUCGUCCGACAAGAGCCUGAAGGUGCUGCUCAACGCUCAGGACAAGGUGUUCAGCGAAAUCCGCGACGAACACUUCUCCAACGUCUUCGGCUUCCUGAGGCAGAAAGCCCAGAACCUUCAGGCCCAGUAUGAUCGCCGACGAAACAUGGACAUCAAGCAGAUGAAGACCUUCGUCUCCCAGGAGCUCAAAGGGCUGAAGCGGGAGCACUACUUGCUGAGCCUACACAUCGGGGCCUGCGAGGCCAUCAUGAAGAAGAAAACCAAACAGGACUUCCAGGAGCUCCUCAAGACCGAACACGCGCUGCUGGAGGGCUUCAACAUCCGGGAGAGCACCAGCUUCAUCGAGGAGCACAUCGACCGGCAGGUGUCUCCCAUCGAAAGCCUCCGUCUCAUGUGUCUCCUGUCCAUCACUGAGAACGGUUUGGUCCCCAAGGAUUACCGGUCUCUGAAAACCCAGUACCUGCAGAGCUACGGGCCCGAACACCUGCUGACCUUCUCCAACCUGCGGCGGGCCGGGCUGCUGACCGAGCAGGCCCCGGGCGAGACCCUCACGGCCAUGGAGAGCAAAGUGGGCAAGCUGGUGACCGACAAGGCGGUCGGGAAGCUCACCGACGCCUUCGGCUCCCUGGCCAGGAGGAGCAAUUUCCGUGGGCUCAGCAAGAAGCUCGGCCUGAUCCCCCGGGGGGACGUCACCUACGACCUCAAGGUGCCCCGGGACAUGGCUUACGUCUUCAGUGGCAACUACGUGCCUCUCAGCUGCCGGAUCGUCGAGCAGGUGCUGGAGCGGAAGAGCUGGCAGGGCCUGGAGGACGUCGUCCGGCUCCUCAACGGGAACGAAUUUGCCGACCUAGAUCCUCCAGGUUUCAGCUCGCUUCGGAGCCUUCCAGUAGCAGCCCAGAAGGCCCUCGCCGACUACCACGGACUGAUUUGUCAGCAGCAGCGGUAGUGAGUAGGAUCCCAGGUUCCCAGUCCGAGAAUCCGGAUCUUAGGACGCUCGGAGAUUUCCCACAAUCGGUUCCGCCAGGCUACGAGUCAAGGAAGACCCGUCUUCUACUGGACGCUCCUCUGCCGCGCUCACACCUCCUCACGCUCCCAGCCGGCCGGGUGCGGGGGCGAGCCGUGAGCCGCUUCCGGAGAUCUCCGUUGUCUGCCGUGCGACUUCGGGGAAGUCCCUUGACUUCUCUGGGCCUCGGUUCCCUCAUCUGUAAAAUGGGGGUGAAGACCGUGAGCCCCGCUCGGGACCACCCGAUGAUCGCGCGUCUACCCCAGCGCUUAGAACGCCGCUCGGCACAUCGUAAGCGCUCGACAGAUGCCGUCGGUCGUUAUUAUAAGCAUUCUUUACGUAUCGCACCUGCAUACGAGCGUUUCCCGGGCGGCACGUACAGCGGGGAUGCGUCGGAAGGUUUCUCCGUGGUCUUUCUCCGUAGCCGCCUGCCCCUUCUUAGCCGUAGACGCUAAGCUUGUCACGGGCGGAGAACGGGUCUGCUGAUCCCAAGUGCGCACGGUAAGCACUCAGUAAAUUCCGACGAUUGAUUGCUA